AAUUUGAUAGAAGUUUCUGGUUCAUUGCUCUCGACCUAUAUAUGACUGCGGGCGAUCUCCGAUUGCUUCAGUUGAUCUGAAUUUGCAGCUUUUGUUGCGGUUCGAGGUUUUGCUGGUAUUUUUGCAAGAGGUUGAUACAGUUGGGAAGUUUGUAGAGAUGGUGAAGAAAUAUCCGGUGGUGAGUGAAGAGUAUCAGGCGGCUGUGGAGAAAUGCAAGAGGAAACUGAGAGGUUUCAUUGCUGAGAAACAAUGCGCUCCUAUCGUGCUGCGUUUGGCAUGGCACUCUGCUGGAACUUAUGAUUGGAAAACAAAAACUGGAGGACCAUUUGGGACAAUUAGGCACCCUGCAGAACUUUCUCAUGAAGCUAACAAUGGCCUUGAUAUAGCCGUUAGGCUAUUGGAGCCGAUAAAGCAGCAAUUCCCUAUACUUAGCUAUGCAGAUUUCUACCAGCUGGCUGGGGUUGUUGCUGUUGAAGUGACUGGAGGGCCUGAGAUUCCUUUUCAUGCUGGAAGACAGGACAAAACAGAUCCCCCUCCAGAAGGCCGCUUACCUGAUGCCAAGAAAGGCUCAGAACACUUGAGGGAAGUUUUUGGGCACAUGGGCUUGAGUGAUAAAGACAUUGUUGCUCUGUCUGGUGGUCAUACCCUGGGUAGGUGCCAUAAGGAAAGAUCUGGAUUUGAGGGACCAUGGACCCGUAAUCCUCUUAUAUUUGAUAAUUCCUAUUUCAAGGAACUUCUUAGUGGGGAAAAAGAAGGUCUCAUCCAGCUGCCAACAGAUAAAGCUCUUCUGGAGGAUCGCAGCUUCCGCCCUCUUGUUGAAAAAUAUGCAGCAGAUGAGGACGCCUUCUUUCAUGACUACGCUGAAGCGCACUUAAAGCUGUCAGAGCUCGGAUUUGCGGAAGAAGAGUAGAUUGCAGCGCAGAGUUGGCAGGGUCUUCUAUUUGGUAUAUGGAACCGUUAUCUAUAUUUCUUUCUCCACAUCCACCCUUUACAGAAGUCUGUGUGAUCGUCUCCAUGUUCUGCCCUUGUGUUGCAUGAGUUCUAUGAUUGUGAUUUCGCCUCUUGCGUAUGUGAAUUUCCUUAGUGGCUGUCCACUUCCAGCCUUGCUUCUGUUGUAUGUAUAAAGUGUAUUACAUGAAUAAAUGACUUGUAUUUUUAUAUAACAUUUCUUAAUAAUUUGAUCAGAAAGAAUCGAGUGAAAAGCAGUUACAAGUA